UUCACGCGACGCAGUUUUAACUAUUGGAAUAUGAACUUUAAAAAGGAAAUACAAAUGUUUCAGAAAAUGUAAAUGUAAAUAAUUAACAGUUUUUGGUUUAUCUUAAGUACUGCAGAUUUACAAUAAUUGUGUAAUGGCCACAGAAAAUACACAUGCGAUGGAAACGAACAAGGAUACGAGCUCAGGUACAAGAACUUUACCGCAUGGGAUGACUGAGGAGGAGGGGCGAGAAUUUGAAGAAUUUCACAAGAGCCUUGGGCUGGUGAGCAGUUUUACAAAACAGAUGGUGAAACUUGCGAUAGAUCAGUUGCGACCUGAGUUCGAGCGGAUGGCCGGUAGGGCGGCUGAGAGGGCUCUGGAUUCAAAGAUGAUGAAAGUAAAAGAAAUACAAGAUGAACUAAACAGAAAAGAGAAAGAACUGCACCAGCUUAGACUGGAAAAGAAAAUAAUUCAGUCUAAACUAGACAAGGAGAAACAACAAAACGUCAAAUUUCUGCAGGCUAUUGGUAGUAUGGAACAGAAGGAGAAGGAAAUCAGGAAACUUGAAGCAGACAUUCAUUCCAUGAAAACAAAACUGCGGAAGAAGACCGACGAGCUGAAGAGAGAGCGGGACAGAGCAACUAUUGAAGAAAGCAAGCGUCUUGAACUGGAAAGCUCCCUACAAAAUGACAUCGAAAAACUUCGUAAAGAACUUGAUAAGGUAAAAGGUCAACUGGGUCAAAUAAGGUCAGCAAAAAAUGUUGGCGAUGAGGAAACGAAGAAACUGAGAGAGAGGGAAAGACAACUCUUGGAUGAAAUUGAAGAGCUGAAAUCACAAAGUACACCAAGGAAAAGGAGAAAUACAAAUAAUCGAUAAUCGAUAAAAAUUAAAGACUUUCAGGCCUUUGCUUACGUUUGUUAGGUCAUUUGGAGACUGAGUUCAAGCUUGAAACUCGCCAGUUGAAGUGUAUUCUUGUAUUUCAUUCAUUAUUUAAUCAAUAUAUUUAAUUAUAAGUCUCUGUAUUGAUCAUUUAAUAUGUUUUGGUUUGACAAAAGGCAUUUAUUUUUAUGAGAACAAAAAAUGAUAAUAAAUAGAGUAGAAAUUUCUUAGUCCGAAAUGUCUUGAGGCCGACACUGACAAGGGCCAUUUUAUUCUAGUGCUGAAGUGACUAUACAUUGUAUACUGUUCUUGAUAUUAACUCAGUAGGCCUAACUUAUGGCAUAAAACGUACAGCUAAAACACUCCAAAUUGAAAAGGCAAGUAUUCUAUUAUUCUUAUUAAAUUUACCUCUUCACAGUAACAACCCCUGAUGAACUUGCAGGUUAUAUUUUACCAGCGGUGUUCGCACUAGAGAGAAUAUACUGUAUAAGCUGCUAUUAAUUUCAAAACCUUUCUUGCUAUUUGUUAAUAGUUUGCUUUGACUUGUGUUUUGAUAUGGCAAUAAAAUAUGAUUCAUGUCACCGAUUUUUGCCAGUCCUAGAUAAUGGCAUGGCAGAAGCACCUGGCAUAUGCACCUGGCAUAUUGUCAUGAGAAGAUAAGAUUUGUCCACUCCAAAUUAAGAAACCUGAUGUAAGCGUGAUAAAAACUUGAUAAAAACUUGUUAUGAAAUAUUUUAUAUUAACAGUAAAAUCGGCGUUCUCCACGCUUUAGCGUGUUUGGAGCGGGUAAAUAUUCAUAAAACAAAGCAUGAAGGUUCGCAGUGUACAGCUGCUUGUAAUUGGUUACGCCCUCGUGAGCGAAUAUGCUGCGGUGACGAACACAACUAGUACCGCAGCAAAUACAGUUGAUACCGUAAGUACGGUUAAAACCGGAGCGAAUACGAUCAUUGCUUCUAAGCAGACGACAGUCACAACGACUCCUCAAAGCCUCGCCAGUCAGCUGGUAAUGAUAAAUGGUCAACAAGUACGGCUUAUAGAUAAUUGUACUGUCGGUGUAGCUUCAACUUGUCAUUAUGGGUACUGUUGUACCAAAAAGUACAUGAAAUACCCCGCCGGAUAUAUUGGCGACAGACCCGUUUACCAAUUGGAGUGCAAGCCCCUCAGGAAGACCGGGGAGUUCUGCUACUUUAACACACCUGAACAGUUCUGCCCUUGUGCCACACGUUGUCAUACCAACGGAUUCUACGGCAGUUGUCUUUGAACUACCCGGCAGUUGUCAUUGAACUAUAUUUUAUAUGUGAUACUAUUUAAUUAUGGAAGUAUUUGCUCUGAAAUAAAUGUAAAAGAACAA